AUGGCCGCAUGGCUCGGUGACAGCGGCUCUUCAAAUCUAGAAAAUAAUAACUAUGUCAAUAAAAUAACAAAUAACUUGAACCAACAAGUCUCAAGUGACCUAAACACAAAUGUACUUGAAGAAGUUUUCGAAACACAUUCGGCGCGUUGUCUAAACGAAACGGCGGGAACUACCGUGACAUUGGAAAACAAAAUAAUUCCCAAGGACAGUGUGAAAGAUAAAUUAACCGCAACAAAAAUACAACAUGAGCAAUCAAGCCCAACCAUUGAAAUACCAAAGACAAGUAUGGAUAAAAACAAACGAAAGCCGGAGGAUAAUAGUGCGAGAUAUAAGUGUGAAUAUGAGGGCUGUGAACGGACAUACAGUACUGUUGGUAACUUGAGAACACACAUGAAGACACAUAAAGGUGAAUACAGGUUUAUAUGUCCAAUGGCUCAGUGUAACAAGGCAUUUCUCACGUCAUACAGUUUGAAGAUACAUGUGCGGGCGCACACCAAAGAUAAACCAUUUGCAUGUGACAUGGGGAACUGUAAUAAGGCAUUUAAUACACUAUACAGGUUAAGGGCACACCAAAGACUGCACAGCGGAGACACAUUUAAUUGCAAGGCGGACAAAUGCACGAAAUUCUUUACGACCCUCAGCGAUUUGAAGAAACACAUACGAACACACACACAGGAGCGGCCUUAUAAAUGUCGAACAGAAGGAUGCGGCAAGUCUUUCACGGCGUCGCAUCAUUUGAAGGCACAUGGACGAACGCACACUGUGAAACCAACCACGCCUACUUUCAAGCCGCUUUUACAGAAACAGAUCGACUCAGAAGCGCCUACGGUAGAGGUAACAGAAAACGAGCUCACGAAACCACCUCGAGCUAUGAACUGGGACAGUCUCCUGGAAUCCUUCGGCAGAAUAACCACAGAAUCUAAUUCCACGGACAGCAGCUUGGAAGACAUGACCAAUCUCUCUAACAAUAACGUAGACAUUACCGAACUACUCUUCGACAACGCCACUAACAAAUUUAACGACACUAACAUUAAUUACGACCUAACAAACAUCGAUCUACUCCCCUUCGAUGCUAAAGCAAAGAAGAAUGAUUGGGUCCCUGAAAUACCUUUAAGUGAUAAGUUGGAAAUUAAACCGAAAGCAAUGCAAUUAGCACUCGCAAAUGAAGUAGAGUUACAAGCACCUUGGAUUGACGUCACAGCGUUAGCGGCUUCGAUACAAGAAACUCCAGUUAGCAUCAAAGAAAAAACACCAGAAAAUAUAUUCACUCUAGCGACAUUCGUUCCCACUCACAUGCAAAGUUACAUAGACCUUAAUUCAGAAGCGCCAACAGCUAAUUUAAUAUCUGAAAGCUCUUUCGAUUUGGACACGCCGAACAUUCUAGAUGUUAGUGACAAAGUGUUCAAUGACAGCGAACUAGUGAUCAAUCUAGAACCAAAACUCAGUACUGAAAUAGAUUUCCUUAAAGACCCCGAACCUCUCAAUGACGAUAGAACACUAAACACACCGCCGCCAUCGAAAGUGCAACACAAUAUUGAAAUAAAUCCAUCCAAUUCAGUUUUAUUCAAUACAGAUUUUGCGCUAGAAGACACUUUGCUAUUCGACAACGAACCUCCUUCAGACAUGUACGUGGUUAGAACGGAAAACAUAUUCGGCAAACCAAAACGAAACGCGUUAGAACAAUUAGCUGCAGACGCGGGUAUUUGCUCUUGCAUCGAAUGUAAAUGCGAUCCGAACAACGAUUGCACGACAUGCGAUAAAAAAGAUCGUUGCGACGAUAAAUGUUCGUGCGUCGAUUGUAAAUGCGAUCACGCGGAAAUGAAGUGCGCGGUCGGAUGCGGUAAAGCGACAGAUACGAAUCACAAUACGUUCUUGGAUUAUCACAAACGGCAUAAUAAUACGAAUUUAGAAGAAUUCGGCGUUUAUACGCACGAGUGUGACGACCACACGCCUGCAAGUGUAGCGGAUAGUUUAAAAAACUUAUCCUGUUCGUGCGAUACAGAUAAUACGUGCUGUAAAUCGGAUAAAAAGUCGUCGCGCGAAAAUAAAUCGUGCUGCGUGACGAUAUGUUUUAAAAAGGCCGACGCGUAUAAACAGUUUUUAUCGAACAACGAUUUGUUGUUCGCAAUCCAGCCGCAUAGUUUGACGACGUUUUAAUUUUUUUUUUUGCUUUUUUGGAAAAAAUGCAUUUAUCAGGUACAAAGCAUUCAGUAUUCGCAUAAACUCGCCUCGGUGCUGUUUUUGUAAUUUGUUAUAAUAUUUAUUAUUGUUAUUCGAAAGUAUUAUGAUAUUUAUAUAACAUAUAAAUUUAUACAAUAAAAGAUAUAGAAUAUAUUUUAUGUUUACUAAUAUUAUUUAAGUUUUUUAAUUUUUAUAAUUUAACCUAUACCGUCUUAUUACUAAACAUGGACUAACAAACCGGGUCAAAACAUGGCUUAGCGUUAAACCAUAGAUAAGGACAAGUUUAAACCUCUGUACUAAAGUUACUAUGACCAUGACUAUAGCCCGGGUUUAAACUAUGUUUAUUUAUGUUCUUGUAAUAUGACGGAUUAUGUACAAUAUUUAUUUAUAUUGAUGAUAUUUAUAUAUAAAGAAGAUGUAGUAAAUUAUAUUGAAAUGAUCAUUUUGAUUUACGAUUGUUAUAAUAUAUUGUGCGUUAGUUACGAGAAGAUAUUUUAUAAUAUAAGGAACGAAACCAAAAAUAUAUGAAACAGGGUUUCCUUAUUCUUGUCAUAAAAAGGAGAUAAGCUAAAAAUGUAUACUUGCCUAAUAUAUAAAUUUCCUUAGUUACCAUAUACCGCUUUAUAUUUACAAAAAUAGGUUUAUUAUUUAAGAAAUUCUACAUAAGCUUUUGUACUUAAAUUGGCUAGUUAGGAAACUCUACGUGGUCCUUAAUAUAAACAUGUGGAUUGUCACAACAUAAUUUUAAAGAACAUAGUGAUAAUAUAAUAUUGUAUCGUAUAUGCCAAACGCACGUGCCAUAUUGUAUUAAUUUAAAAUAUUAACAAUUGUAUAACACUUUUAUACAAAAUUUAAAAUAUUUUAUUUCUAAUUGUUAUACACUAAUAUAAUAAAAACAGUGCCUUAUAUGUUGUACUUAAGUGCCUUGUACAAAAUGUUGAGUAAUUCUAUGAGAUUUUAUUAGAUGUUAGACGUAAGAAAAAGCAAUAACAAUAAUAAUGCUGUAAAAUUUCUAGUCCGAAAAAUAAAGGCUUUUGAAAAUAA